AUGUCUUCGAAUGAGGCCUAUCACAAGAACGUUGAGCCGGGUGCCGGUGGCGAUGGUCCCAGCGGUUCGAGUGGGAGUAAUGGAGGAACAGCAGGAGGCAGCCAUAGCAAUCAAUUGCACCAUCAGCAGAUACUCAAUGAAACCACAUAUCUGAAACCCGCCGCCAAGCAAGCCUAUUUCAGCGAUGAAAAGGUCCUCAUACCCGAAGAUGAUCACACAAGUAUGGGUUUCAGCUUUCGCAAGCUGUGGGCCUUCACGGGACCCGGUUUUCUCAUGUCGAUUGCAUAUCUAGAUCCCGGCAACAUCGAAUCCGAUUUGCAGUCGGGCGCCGCUGCCAAGUACAAAAUCUUGUGGGUCUUGCUAUGGGCCACCGUCUUGGGUCUGCUCAUGCAACGCUUGGCUGCAAGGCUGGGUGUGGUAACGGGCUUGCAUCUGGCUGAAAUGUGCUAUCGCCAGUACAAGCGUUUGCCGCGUUGGAUACUCUGGAUCAUGAUUGAGAUCGCCAUCAUUGGAUCCGAUAUGCAGGAGGUCAUUGGCACGGCCAUUGCCAUCUAUCUGCUAUCGAAUAAAGCUGUGCCUUUGUGGGGAGGCGUGCUGAUCACCAUUGUCGACACGUUUACGUUCCUCUUUCUGGAUAAAUACGGUUUGCGUAAGCUGGAGUUCCUAUUUGGGUUCCUCAUCACAAUCAUGGCUGUCACAUUUGGCUAUGAGUACAUUGUCUCGGCACCCAAUCAAGUGGAGGUACUCGAGGGUAUGUUUGUGCCCUGGUGCUCCGACUGCAACUCAAAUGUUUUGCUACAGGCAGUGGGUGUUGUCGGAGCUGUCAUCAUGCCACACAAUCUCUACUUGCACUCGGCUCUGGUCAAGUCCCGCGAUAUUGAUCGUCGCCAGCCCAAGAAAGUGAGCGAAGCGAAUUUCUACUUCUUCAUUGAGGCCUCUGUGGCUCUAUUUGUGUCGUUCAUCAUUAACCUCUUUGUGGUGUCCGUGUUUGCCCAUGGCAUGUAUGGCAAGACCAAUAAGGAUGUGCUCGAUAUCUGCACUAACAAAUCAAUGUACGCGGAUGCCCUGGUGUCGUUUGUGGACAACCAGAAUGGCACAGCCAUCAUCGAUGCGGAUCUGUACAAGGGCGGACUCUUUCUGGGCUGCACUUUCGGUGCAGUGGCCAUGUACAUUUGGGGUGUGGGCAUACUGGCCGCUGGCCAGAGCUCCACCAUGACUGGCACCUAUGCGGGUCAGUUCUCGAUGGAGGGUUUCCUCAAUCUGCAGUGGCCGCGCUGGUGUCGCGUGCUGGUCACGCGCUGCAUUGCCAUCAUACCGACCUUCUGCCUGGCCAUGUUCAGCCAAAUGGAAGAUCUAACCAACAUGAAUGACAUUCUGAACGCGGUGAUGUCGCUACAGUUGCCCUUCGCUGCAAUACCCACCAUAGCGUUCACCUCAUGUGCGGCCAUUAUGGGAGAGUUUGUCAACGGAUUGGGUAACAAAAUCGUUUCUAUAUGUCUCACGAUUGUGGUUAUUGGCGUCAAUUUGUACUUUGUGAUUGUGCAAGUGGAGAACAUGCAGAUCGAAGGCGGUCUGCUGGCUUUAGUUUGCAUAUUUGCCAUUCUAUAUAUACUAUUUAAUUUAUAUCUUGUGAUACACAUGGCCGCCUGCAUGGGCAAUCAGCGUCUGAUGAAUAGUCGGUGGGUGCAGCGUUUUGUGUUGCCUAGCCAGAACAGCUUUUCGAUAAAGAAUGCCAACUCAACGUAUGCCAGUGAUGUAACUUUAGUUGUAGGCGAAUCAGCUACUAACAAAACGGUGAAAGGUCUUGAGACCGUUUCGGAGAAGGUUCCUAACUGAAUCAUCCUUGGUGACUCAUUAUGGCUAACCCUCCCACAGCCUACACACACACGCACACACUAACUACCUACCUACCCUUGUGAUAUUAACACUAAAUCACACGCUUAACAACACUAACAAGUACCUAAUAGGGCUCUACAACACUCUAGAAUUUACGAGUACUCGUAUAAGGCAUGUCUUUAGGGGAUCUACGUUUGUACAUUCAGCAUUUACCACCCCAUCCACUGUGGGUUCCUAUAGAUAGUAAGAAAUAUUAAGAAAUAAUACUGGUAAGUUUUCACUGAUUGCUUUAUCAAGCAUUGUGGGGUAUUAUGUACUUUCUAAGGCUUUUUGGACGCUUAGCACGUUGAAUAAAGUUUUGCAUUUAUGGCUGCGAAUUACCUGGAAA